AUGGUCAAUUCGGGCCGUCGACAAACGAUAUACCUUCUUGGGGCAAUUGCGGUUCUAUUUGUCUUAAAUCUCUACUUUGUCAAUAAAACGCAAGAGCCAAUCGCUGAUGAUCCGCUACAAGCAUAUAAUCAACCGAAAGGGGGAAACGGGGAGAAUUUUGUCGACAAAAAACACGGUCAACACGGCCAUCUGCGACAAAUCCGUUGCUCGGCCGAUGGAAAACCGUUGACAUGCAUGAAAGAUGACGAGGAUGUUUAUUUCCCUUUCUCUUUAAUCAAAAAACGAUUCGAUGUUUCGGGACAUGAUAUCGAUGAGAACAACUUUGAGUGGACAACCUCGUACGCAAGAGUGAAAAUACCGGAAUUUAAAACGUAUACUUAUGCAAGCGAGUUCGGUCAUUUUGCAUCAUACAGUGUGGAGACGAGAGAUCGAGUACGGUGCAUAAACCCGGCCACUGGAAUUCCCAUGUCAACACAAUGGGAUUCGACUCCUUACUACUAUCCAAUUCAAAUCGCACAAUUUGGCCUUCAACACUACAGCCGAAUGCUGGCUGCAAAUGAGUCUACUCUCAGACUGGUCGAAUUGGGCAAAGAGCAUAGAGAUUGGCAGGGCUCGGCUUCAACGGUGCAUGAAAGUAGCGUUAGAACAUAUUUCAAAGAUGAUGAGACUGGAGUUGAAUACGUAAAUGUUAGUGCAGGAGCUCAACUCACAAAUGCGGGUGUGUACGUGUAUUUGAAAAAUGAGCCUGACUUGCAUGUGGUUCACUUUCGCUGGAGGCCGGCAGAGAAUGCGUCUUUCACGUUUCUCGUAAAAGUCUUGGAGACCGGGUCGUUGAUUUUACUGAACUAUGUACAAGUCGAGGAUACGCGGUGUGUCUGGGCAGAUAAAGUGGCAGCGGGAAAAGAUCAGAUCUCAUUCACCUAUGCUUUGGGAGAUUCGUCGAAUGAGUGGACGAAUGUAACAAGAGAUCUUCUAGUCGAUGCAGCCAGAGCGAUGACCACGCUUGGAGCGGGAAAGAAAACUGAUAACGUCAUUUAUCAUCCAGGAGACUUGAAAUAUGUUUCUGUUGGUUUUCGAGGUGAGGCCACUCUACUGCAAAGAAUCUACCAAAAGCCACAAGCUCAUCGAGAAUUAUUCUUAACUGCAGCUGAUUGGGCUGUUCAAAUUCAAGACAGCAAGGGUGGUUGGUCGAUUCCAGUUGAAAGAUCGAUUGCUGAACGAAAACUUGUACUACCACCCGGAUGGUAUUCGGCAAUGGCUCAAGGCCACAUGCUUUCACUUCUCACUCGAGCUUGGACAGUAACAAAAAAUGAAAUCUAUCUACAAUCAGCCGUCAAAGGCAUGGAGUUAUUCCAAAAGCUAGCAAAUGAUGGAGGAGUUCGAAAUGAUUUUUUGGAAAAUAUGCACUGGUACGAAGAGUAUCCAACAACUCCCGGCUCUUUCGUUCUCAACGGGUUUCUGUAUAGUUUAAUUGGGCUAUACGAUUUGUCGAAUGUUGAAACAUCAAAGGAAUUCAAUAAAACAGUUGAUGAAGGAAUCAACGUAGCGAAUCAAUUGUUCAUCAACGGGACUCGUUCAUUAUUGACACUUCUUCCACUUUUCGACACUGGCAGCGGUUCGCUCUAUGAUCUACGGCAUGUCGGAUUAGGAUCGGCUCCAAAUCUAGCCAGAUGGGAUUAUCAUGCAGUACACGUGUAUCUGAUCGAAUGGCUUCAUAUCAUCACAGGCGAACAACUUCUCGCCGACACCGCGCAACGCUGGGCCGCCUAUGCACGCGGGAAUCGGGCUAAACAUAAU